AUGGCCACUCCAGGAGGCUUCCUCCUACCAUCAGAGACAGGGCUAACGUCGCCAUUGCUGGCUGCAGUUUCAGCUGUGAUGAGUUUCAGUUUUGGAUAUCUUCUGCUGAGCUUAACUGAUUUGUUUGAAGGGCCACGAGGGCUAUCGGGAAUGACGGCAGCUACCGGUCAAACCGGACUUACUGGAUGGACCGGAACAACUGGGCCAAGAGGAUCAACUGGUGCAUCUGGAGCACUGGGAUUAAACGGAGGAACAGGACCCACUGGAUCAACAGGAACCACUGGAUCAAUCGGUGGAACUGGUGAAGCUGGUGCAACUGGUGAAACUGGUGAAACUGGUGCAACUGGUUCUACCGGCUCAACAGGAUCAAUUGGAGAAACCGGUGCUACUGGUAGCGACGGAAUUACUGGUCCUCCCAUCUGGCCACCACCACCAUAGCGUAAAAGGUAGAUGGACGAAAUUAUGCCUUUAAAUAAAGAUUUUUUCCA